UUUACGACGCUAUUGUGCCGCAUUUGGUGGGUUGUGUAUUUCUACUUGCUUGUUCUGCAAAUAUGUAGUUUGAGUGAUACAGAGCAUGAAAGAUCUAUCCAAGAGACGCCCUUCUUUUUCUCUGUUUGUUGUGCUACAGUGCCUGAAAGUGCGAUACUAUAUAUUGUCCCGUUUUAUUUAUUUAUUGUAUUUUGCAUGCGAGUCACCAGUUGAAGAUUUUUGCAAAUGUUGUAACAUUUUUUUACAAAUUCCAUACAAACAGUAAAUGCAUUUUACAUAUGCCUAAGUGACUACGUAUAAGCGUAAAUGGAAAUAGGAUCUUUUGUGCAAUAAAAGUACUGGGCCUUGUCCAGAAACCAUGAGCUUCAAUUCAAACAACUAUAAUUCUUGUUCUACAGAUAAAGGGACUGUGACAACUGCUAUUGCAGAAGUAGCAGAAGAUAUAAAAAGUCCUUUGAACUAUUCAAGUGGGACAAAAUUUAAGAAUUGCUCAACUGCCAACACCUGGACUGUAAGGGGACUGAAGAGCUUCACUGCAGCAACAACCUGCAUAGAGUCCCUUCCGUUCAAGCACCAGAACUCCAGUACUUGGUGCAUGGUCCUUACAAGGGACUCAGAUGGACUUUAUCUGUCAUUUUUGCUGAAAGAUAGUCCAACUGAAAUGCUUCUGAGAGCAAAUGUAAGAGCAGACGAGAUUCUUCGUACUGGAGAAAAGCGAGAAGUGUUCCCGAGCACGUGGUAUAGUUUGGAUGAAGGAGAGAGAACUGAAAUGCUGCCUGUUAGGAAAACUGAAACUGCAGGAGAGGGCGAUGACGAAGAUGAGAUAACCUUGCAGUGUGAAGUCUGCAUACAGUGCAUUGUACAGGAUGAGCUACCUGUGGUAAACACGACAGAAGUACAAGCUGAUGUAGUAAGGGGUCUGUAUGAGAUGUUGCUCAAAGAAGUCCACACAGACUUUGAGCUUCAUGCAGGAGACACUGUUCUCAAGGCACACAGAGCACUACUAUCUGUACGGAGCCCUUACUUCGCUGACAUGCUGCAGCCUGACACAAAGGAAGCACAGGAAGGCUUCGCACAGGUCUCAGAUGUGAAGCCGGAGGUAUUGAAACAGGUUCUAUUGUAUAUGUACACGGGUGUCGCUCCGGCUCUCAAAGACAUGUCGUGGGACCUACUGAAAGCAGCUGACAAAUACCAACUCCGGCAGUUGAAGCGCCAGUGCGAAGCACACAUUGCCAGCUGUCUGAAUGUGGAAAAUGCUGCAGAAACUGCAGCCAAUGCCUCUGUUUUCUCGUGCGACAUGCUGUGGGACCGAGCCGUCCUUUUCAUCAAGCGCAACCUCAGUGAGGUGAUGUGCACGCCUGGAUGGACUGAAGCAGGAGCUACACAUCCGGAAGCCAUACAGCGUAUUAACGAGCUGAUGGAAUGAGCCAGUGAGAGAAUUUGGCUUUUCACUGUGGACAUGACACUUCACCUGAUGACGAAGGGAAGCCUCCCAGAAACGUUGCUCGGACUGGGCAAUAUAGAACGAC